AUGCCAGUCCGGAACUGCUGUCUCGGUUGCCAAGGCAACAUGUGCAGCCCCUGCGGCGGCUGCGGCAGCCGCAUGGAUUGCGGAACGGGACCCUGCUGCAUACACUCGUACGGGGCUAACUGCCGCUCGCCGUGCGGGGACCGGGGUGUCAUACAUGGAUCCCGAGGCGGCUGCGCCGGCUCCUACUUCAGCUGCGGUCAUGGCUGCAUAGGGGGCUGCACCAGCGGACUUUGUGCUAGCUGCUGCGGCCCUCGCUGUGGAUAGCCGACCAUUAUUGC